AUGACUAGGACAUCUCGCGCACGUAAGACUGCUCGAAAGCAAAAGACUGCCGUCGACAAGGCUCGAAAGCAAAAGGCUGCCGACUACAAGGCUUGGGCUCUAAAACAGAAGGUUGCCACCCAGCAGGCUGCCACCCGUCUGAACGGCCGCAAGCGCAUCGCAGCCAUGUCGGUCGUUCCUCCCUGGCAUCAGGGCACGCACUUCUUUGAGCUUCCGCAAGAGGUCCAGAACAUGAUCUUUGGUUUCGCAUAUCCACCUGAGCAGAAGAGCUGGCACACAAACCGACUAUCGUGGGGCUUCCUACAGCGUGGGCCGUCACUUCCCAACAUUAACGAAGCUUUCGGGGCCGUACAUCACAGCAUCAACCCCUUGUUGGUCUGCAAGGCUUGGUUCGAGUCUGCUGCUGAAGUCUGGGUCCAGAGCCACGGUCUGCUCAAAUUGAGGCUUUUGACACGCUUUCUCGCCAAAGGCCACCCGGAGUGUUGGACAGGCAUCACGUGUCACGGAGCACCCUUCCUCACGAAGCUCGUCUGGUCCGUCCGUCCGAAAGAUCUCAGAACUCUGAGCGAAGUUCGCGCAUGGGAGAAGCUCUUGGCCGAAGACGAACUGUCAAUUACCGAGCUCUACGAAAUCUUGCUUCGGAGUACGGAAUUCGACAGCGUAGAGCUUUCAAUCCCUCCUGGCCUAUUUCGAUACUGCCGUGACCGUGAGGAUCGAAUGAUGAUAUUACGAUCCAACGUCAAGAGCCUGGAGUCACUGCUGGCGUCGAGAAUACAAGCACACAAGCCAUUCGAGGAGCAUGAGAUCCCAGAAGACCCCUACCAGAUUGGUACCUUUCUGGUACAGAACAAAUAG